UGGGAGAUUUUUACAGGGAGGUGAAGAACCAAUGUGUGGGGGAAAAAAGAAAAAUAAAAUUCCUAAAAAAGAGGAUUGAAAAACACCUUAAAGAAAUAGGGUAUCUUGUGGUGGUGGGAUUUGAGACUAUGCUUUUUCCUUAAAGAUUAAAAGCGGCAGGAAGUGGGGGAAAAUGACCCAUGGAGUAAUUUUCAGCUAGAGAACCGAAGUAUGAAUGUGGUUGGGCUGCAUCUGAAAGCCCGUUGAAGCACACUGAUGCCGGGGUGUAGCAUUGUGCAUUGACCUUCCUUUCUGUAUUUUUUUUUAAUUUGAGAGUACAUUUACUAAGGGAAAGAAGUGAGCCAAGGCAGGGCUGCUGUCAGCUCACUGGAGAGUCGGAGAAAAGGGGGCCUUGGAGACAGGUUCAGAGGUUUAGCCCUGGACGAGAUACCACUGCCCAUUGCUCCCUGAUUGCAAGUCUUACACCUUAGAGUGGUCUCAGCACCAGCGCAGACCAUGUGGACCCCGGAUGAGAUUGCGAGCCUGUGUUAUGAACACUAUCGGACUAGGCUGCCCAAGCAGGGGAAGCCAGAGCCCAACCGUGAAUGGACGUUACUAGCAGCCGUAGUGAAGAUACAGCCUAUAACUGACCAGGCCUGUGACUGCCCUGACAAACAGGUGCAAGUGACAAAGGAAGUUGUCUCAAUGGGAACAGGAACGAAAUGCAUUGGCCAGUCCAAAAUGAGGAAGAGCGGAGACAUCCUCAACGAUAGCCAUGCCGAGGUCAUUGCCAGAAGGAGUUUCCAAAGGUACCUUCUCCAUCAACUUAACUUGGUGGCCGCCCUGAAGGAGGAUAGCAUCUUUGUGCCAGGAACUCAGAGAGGACUGUGGAAACUCAAACCAGACCUGUCAUUUAUAUUUUUCUCCAGCCAUACGCCCUGCGGGGAUGCCUCUAUCAUUCCAAUGCUGGAGUUCGAAGACCAGCCUUGCUGUCCUGUCAGUGAAGACUGGGCCCAUAACCCAUCAGUAGAAGCCAGUGGUAACCUGGAAGCUACUGAAGGUAAAAGAAGAUGCGAAGACCCGGACAGUCCUGUGGCCAAAAAAAUGAGGCUUGAGCCCAAGAUUCCUGCCAGAAAAGUUGCCAACGGUGAGGCUCACCAUCAGAGUUUUGGCAAUCAGGAAAAUGGCCCAGUCCCACCAAAAGUCGGCAGCUCCAAUCUCAGCUCAGAAGAACUGGCCACUGGACUGGCCCCCAGUGGUGCCAAAGUGGUGGAUGUUUAUAGAACUGGAGCUAAGUGUGUGCCUGGGGAAGCUGGAGACUCAGGAAAGCCUGGUGCCGCGUACCACCAGGUGGGGCUGCUCCGAGUGAAGCCAGGCCGGGGAGACAGGACUUGCUCCAUGUCCUGCAGUGACAAGUUGGCACGGUGGAACGUCCUCGGCUGCCAGGGGUCACUGUUGAUGCACUUCCUAGAAGAGCCCAUCUACCUGUCAGCUGUGGUCAUCGGGAAGUGCCCGUACAGCCAGGAAGCCAUGCGGAGAGCACUCAUUGAGAGGUGUCAGAAUAUCUCAGCUUUACCCAAAGGCUUCGGAGUUCAGGAAGUGAAAAUACAGCAGUCAGAUUUACUGUUUGAGCAGAGCCGCUGCGCCCUGCGGACCAAAAGGGCUGACACCCCAGGCCGACUUGUUCCUUGCGGAGCAGCCAUCAGCUGGACCGCAGUUCCUGAGCAGCCUUUGGAUGUCACUGCCAAUGGCUUUCCACAGGGAACAACGAAGAAGGGAAUCGGAAGCCUCCAGGCCAGAUCUCGAAUCAGCAAAGUGGAACUCUUUAGAUCAUUCCAGAAGCUGCUAAGCAGUAUUUCAGAGGACAAGUGGCCAGACUCCCUCAGGGUGCGGAAGCUAGAGACAUAUCAAGAGUACAAGGAGGCUGCAUCUGCCUACCAGGAAGCCUGGAGCACACUCCGAAAGCAUGCAUUUGGAUCCUGGAUCAGAAACCCACCAGAUUAUCACCAAUUUAAAUGAGAAGGGAAAGCUUGCAAAGAGCAAACUUACUGGUAGCAAGGUGUAUUCCAGCCCUUCCUGCUAGACCACCUUCUUCCUUUGUGCUGGACAAGCGUUAGCUUUUCCUGUAGCUGAAUCAGGACAAAAAGUCUGCCAUCUACCAAAGCAACAUAUCUCUUCUGUGUAAGAGGGAUGGAAUUUCGGAACAUGGAACAGUCUAUACUUGACUGAAGUAGCUCUCUGCUAAAAUGGCAUCUCACUAAUGACCUUGGCAUCUGUCCUAACCUGUGUUUUAUUCUUAAAAUUAUGGAAUAAGAAUUUUAAAUAUGAUACUUUAAAAGUGAUGCUCUGUUUUGUGUGUUCCUACAUUAAUUCAGCAAGUAUAUCUUGGGCUGAAAUGAUGUUUAAAUCUUUGUACGUUCUAGAGCUUUACCUGUCAUAGUGGACGUAUAUUUUGCACACCCAGUCUUUCUUUUGGAGAGCCACUCUGUCCUGCUCAGUGGGAAACCAUGCAACCAUAAGACUUGGUUGAACCAAACCUUAUUCCUGGCUCCAGGAAUGUGAACUAUUGAGCCCUGGACAGUCCUGGAACUAUUGCAAGACCUAUCAGGAAAGCUUCUCUCUCCUCUUGUAUCAGGAGUUGGGAGGGCCACAUAUUCUUGGAACUUUGCCUACCACAUAGAGACAACCAGCUUUACAAUGAAGGCAGCAACGAAUGAAACAGAUGCCUGAAGCCAGUGCCCACCCUGGACUUCAAUUACAGGAACAUAAAUUCCUACCGUUUUGAGUAAGCCUGUUUGAGAUGGUUUUCUGUGACUUUCAAUGGAAAGUGUUCUGUCUAAAAGACCAAAAGUCCAUAGAGUAGCCCUGGCUGGUGUAGCUCAGUGGAUUGAGCGCAGGCCUAUGAACCAGAGGAUCCCAGUUCGAUUCCCAGUCAGGGCACAUGCCUGGGUUGCAGGCCAGUUCCCAGCAGGGGACGCACCAAAGGCAACCAUACAUUGAUGUUUCUCCUCCUCUCUCCUUCCCCUCUAAAGAUAAAUAAAAUCUUUAAAAAAAAAAAAAAAAAAGUCCAUAGAGUAAAUCAGCAACAGACUUAGCAACAAGCCUAACUAACAUCUGAUAUUUAACUCUUCACCCCUUCACACCUUAAAUUAUUAUCUGACAAUUGAAGCUCUCUAUGUUGAGAUUACUCAAGGCCCUUGUCAGUUCUUCAGCAUUUUUUAUGGCUUUAAAUAUGUUUUAAUAAAAAGUUUUAUUGAGUUAUAACUCAUAUACCAUAAAAUUAACCCACACAAAGUAUACAUUUUAGUGGUUUUGGUGUAUCCAAAAAGUUGUGCAAACAUCACCACAAUCAACUUUGAAACUCUUUUGUGUUGUAAAUGUCCGGGGACAAUGUUCAGCUCCAUGCGGACACUAGCAGUACCUUCCCAUUUCCCUUCAAGCCCUUUAGCCCCAGGGCUGGCAGUAGUCCACUUUCUGUCUCCAAAUGUGCCUGUUCUGAGUAUUUCAUGUAAUGGAAUCAUACAAUACAUGGACUGGCUUCUUUCAUUUAACACAGUGUUUUGUGAUUCAUGAUGUUGUAACAUGAAUUGGUACUGUGAAAUAAAAAAUAAUAUUCAGUUGUAUGCGUAAAUUGCAUUUUGUUUAUCCAGUCAUUAGGUUUUGGACAUUUGUUUCACUUUUUGGCUAUUGUGCAUAGUACUGCUGUGAACAUUCACGUACAAGUUUGUGUGUGUGUGUUGUUACUUUUUUUUUUAAUUACAGAAGUGCCCUGGCCAGUGUGGCUUAGUGGAUUGAGUGCCGGCCUGCAAACCAAAGGAUUGCUAGUUUGAUUCCCAAUCAGGGCACAUGCCUGGGUUGCAGGCCAAGUCCCCAACUGGGUGCAUGUGAGAGGCAACCAAUGGAUAUUUCUCUC